ACACCCUCCGCCUGCACGCAGCCACCGCUGCUGCCCUCUCCGCACGAGGCUGCCGGCUCGGGACCCCCAGCUCUGACAGGGAAAGAGGGAGUGACUGCUGGGGGCACCCCACUUCUGAGACCCUCCCCCUGGUCCUCCUCUCCCGCCGCCAGCCAUCAGCCCUGGCAGGGGUCUUUGAAGCCGGAGGUGCCUGCUCAGGAUGUCGUCCUCUGGUCGUCUGUGUCUCCUCAUCAUCGCUGGCCUGAUUCUCCCCACCAGAGGACAGACAUCGGAGGAGGCCACAUCCAUUUCUCUAGCGGACCCAGUCACUGAGAACGUUCAUAUCCUGACGCCAGCCCCAGACACAGCCUACCCAGAACUCCAGCCCACUCCUCAGAUUUCAACCGUGCAGGCUGAAGCUACGCCGCCGCCGCCGCCGGACCAGGUGGAGAUCCAGACCCCGCAACAGCAACCGAGGGAAGUGGAGGUGAUUCUAACAACAGGUCCGGGGACGGACAAGAGCAGGACGCAAGGCUCCACACCCUCCGAGACGCGACCCCCAGGCAGAGACAUCAGGAGGGACCACGGCCUCACACAGACUGGUUCAAGCGAGGACGACCCCUUCUCCUAUGACGAGGACACCCUCCGGAAGCGGGGGCUGUUGGUGGCAGCAGUGCUUUUCAUCACAGGCAUCGUCAUCCUCACCAGCGGCAAGUGUAGACAGUUGCCCCGAUUAUGCCGGAGUCACAACAGCAGGACCUACAGCGUCGUCGACAAAGCCUCUCCUGAGAGGUAGGACAUGGAUGGAGCCAGAGCCGGGACUGAUGACCUGAGCCCCUACUCUCCCAGCCUUGCCCGCCCUGAGGGCUGCCUGGUUCCCCGUUUAUCCAUUCUGUUCAGGCAAGAAAUAAAGCACUGUGGUCUUGCC